AUGGAAGGGUACGUCGCCGACCUCAGGGCCGCCGCCAACGCCUCGCUCUCCCGUUACGAGCCCCUCGUCCUCGUCGCUGGCCCUCUGUUGGCGCUGCUGGUCGCCUGGGUAGUCCAAUCCCUGCUUUCGAUGGUGGGGGAGAAGGGCGCCAAGGCCGCCGCUCUCGGCUUCAUCAUGGCCCUCGUCAAGUAGGACACCCACCCACCCUUUUCCCUGUGUCUAUUCUUCGAUUAUCCCUCCUCUCUCUUCUGGUCACUGUGUCACUGACUGUGCUGCGUCUCGGUGGCCCUGCAGGCUGAUUCCCGGCGUCAAAUCCUAUAUGGAGGCAGAGAAGAAGAAGGUUUGUCUUGCCUUUGCAAGUUAUAACGCUUUAUUUCUCCUAAUCGGGACGGAAAUUUGUACCCAGAAGCCAUGCACCCAACCCAUAGACAAGAACUCGCUAGGUUUCUGUGCGGAGUGGGCUCGGAAGGCACGCCAUCCGCAAGGGCAUCCUUGUAGCACGGCCCCUCGCGCUCCUGCGCGGAGCCCACAUUUUCUCAGUCGAGAAUUCCUCCGCCGCAGAUCCUCUGGAGGAGGUCUUAGCUCUCUACGAUCGGGCAGGAAAUUCAGAUUUCGACUGUUUGCGUUAGCAGGCUUCGCUUAUAUUAUAAUAUUACCAGUCAUAGGUUUGUGGGUGCAUUCACUCCCGCGGCCAUUUCAAUGUCCUACAUGAGGUUCUGGCAUUAAAUUCGCUUGGUUUCCAACGGAAUCCUCGCAUUAAAUUCUUUCAGAUAUCUGUCUGACGUCAACGUUCAGUUUCUUUUCUCGUUUUUCUGCCCCUGUCUAAGCCAUGAACCCUAAAGGCGAUGAUCAGAUAGACGGAAGAACUCUUGCUGUUUUAGUCCGAACCCUGAACCUUUCAAGUAACUUUUCAGUGUGUUUCUUCAAAAAAAUGCCCAUCUCUCUCUCUCUCUCUCUCUCUCUCUCUCUCUCUCUCUCUCUCUCUCUUAUAUGUUCUCUCUGUUGGUGUGGUGCGGAGUCUUUCCUUAGCCAUGUGAUGUCAGAUAAAUUCACACCAGAAACAGGAGUCUUUUAUGCCUUUUUUUAAUAAAAAAUAUAGCACUCAAUCACUACCUUAGGCACUUUGCAACCCUCAUCUUAUCUUUUUGCUGCUGGAUAUAUAUCAUGCAUUUGGGAUUUGUAGUAGAUUCAACUUGGCAGCUUACUUGGCGAUACUUUGUGUUCUUGUGGCGUCUCAUCAGGUCGUGGACAAAUUACAGUCCGGGGAUAAAUCAAAGAAGGAUAGUUGGAGAACGGAGUUGCCAGGUGCUGGGCUCGGAGAAGCUGUCUUAGAGAAGCUACACGAAGAUAAAAGAAAGGAUGUGAUGUGGCAGGGAAAAUGCUCUGGUACCGUGUACGUGGAUCCUCCUGUUUGUAAUUGAUAUUCAUAUUAAAAAUAAAUCAAUAUGAUAGAUUUUUCUUGAAAAAUUCUGGCGAUAAUAUUGUGCUCCUUUAUGCCGUGUUGCAGUUACAUUGGUGGGAGUGAGUGCGAGGGCCACUUUAACCUGAUCAAUGAGGCAUAUUCAAUGUGAGUGGCAGACUAAGCUUUUCUUAAUUUUCCAAAGCUUGGAGUACGGCAUGUAAAAUUCAUGGAAAGUGAACAUGGAGCAUGGAUAGUUUCAGCUCUCUGCUUCGAUCUUUACAAAAGUUUUGCAUUUCUUGGCUGGGUAAUCAGUUAAUUCUUUCAGAAAUGCCGUGGUGACAUUUUUAAUUUACUUCAAUGUGCCGGUUUAAGUCUGGCUUUUCUCUCUUCUUCCUUUCAAUUUAGCUUCACAUGAAGCAGAUGACAGUCUGGAACUGAUUUGUGGGCAUUUUCUACUAAUUUGUUUGUUCACGGAAUAAUGAAGGAAAUAAUAGCGGAAAGAUAGAGAAUGAGUCCUCUCACAUUUGCUGGAAAUAUGUCUCUUUGUCAUCUCUGCUGUGAAACAUUUGCUGGCAACCUUAUGAGAGAGAGCCAGAACUCAACAUCCCCCUAAGAGGUCCUAAUUUUUGGCGUGUUAGAUGUAAAUGCUGCAUCUUUGUUGCAUCAGGAUCAAAAGACAGUUUUCUUCUUCCUUUUUUUCAUGUGGGCAAACAUCUGUGUAAAUGCUUGUUUGACGGGAUGUCCUGUUGGGUUCUGCUAUGAUUAUCAUUAGACUCUUUCAUUGUUUUAACAAGUAAACAGUUCAUUGUUUUUUUUGACUACCAAAUGCUCCGCAAAGAUUUUCUUCAUAUCAGUUUUAAGAAGCUCAAUGGGAGAUUAUUUCCUUCAUUUAUUUUAUUUGGAACGCCAUUUGGAAAUAUCAGUUUGACUUUUCGCUUGGGAAUGUGAUACGAUCUGCUUUGGAAGAAUCAGAUCGAAACGAAUCAGGGGAAAGAAAGUCAACAACAUUGAUUUUACAACUUUGGACUGUAUAGUGUUGAUAGAAUGUCAGAAUGACGGUUCUAUCAAAAUAGAGAGGAAGGAGAGGAUAACCUGCCUCUCCUUGUCUGUACUUUCUGUCCCCUUUAUUCCGUUCCUUUGAGCUCUGUUUAUAUUCCUCUGUCAUUCUCAUCUGAGACGUCCGAUCUGUGACAGUCUCCUGAAGUUUCUCCCGAGUGCUGACCUUCCUUUCCAUGGCACGUAUGUCAUAACAGAAGGCAAGUUAUAUCACCAUAAUCCUACCAAGGUUUCUCCAUUUUCUUGGGUUUGGGCUGUUUCAGCUACAGCGUCUUGUAUGCUCCUCACUAAUAUAUGAUAGAGUUGUCCUGAGAAUACAUAUAAAAAGAUGCAUUGUCUUAUAAAAUAUACUUAUGGUUGACUUGCGAACCCAGAGUCCACGCCAAUUUGCUAUGGUUAACCAGUUCUCUGCCAUAUUUGUUCGGUUCUAGUUUUUCCAAGGGAUAUUGAUAAACUAGUCUCUCUUACAGUUUAUAAUCAUGGUCUUAUUUCAGGUUUUCACAUACAAAUCCAUUGCACCAGGAUAUAUUCCAAAGUGUGGCACGAUAUGAGGCAGAAGUUGUUGCCAUGACUGCAGCACUCCUUGGCAGUAAAGAGAAGAGUUCUGGAGGUCAAAUAUGUGGCAACAUGACAUCUGGAGGAACUGAGAGUAUACUUCUAGCUGUAAAAUCUUCACGUGAUUACAUGAGGAUGAAGAAAGGAAUAUCAAACCCUGAAAUGUGGGUUGUGAUCUUUGUAAACAUUCUUUUCUUGCUUCUGCUUUACUGCUUGCAGCUCUUUAAUUUUCUUUGUUCCUUCUUGUUGCAGGAUAAUCCCUGAGUCUGCUCAUUCUGCUUAUGACAAGGCUGCCCAAUAUUUCAGAAUUAAGAUUUGGCGUGUCCGUGUAAAUAAGGAUUUUCAAGCAGAUGUGAAAGAGAUCAGGCGAUAUGUUAACAAAAACACAUUUUUGGUAUUUAUUUUUAUUUUUAUUUUGUGUUCUAGGGGGAGGUUUUAGAGAUAUGGGAAUCUUUAUGCGCGUGAAUUACAAGUUUCCCCAUUCAUUGGUGCUCGUCUUUCUUUCUGACUCUUUGUGAAUAGCUGCCUCUGAUUUUAUGAAACUGGCAGCCUUUUUUUCUAACACGUUUACUGCACACCUGAGGAAGUGUACUGAGCUAUAUUGAACCUUUUUAUCUAAAUGGUUGAUAAAAUUUACUGUUGACAACAAAUACGGAUCACUUGAACCGUCCUCACAAAUGCUGCAUCUACUGAGAGAUGGAUGAUUUAUCUGUUCUUGGUCAAGGAUUGAGAUCUAAAACUGAAAAAGGAUAGUGAGACGUUGAUACCAUAGCUAAAUACACAAUACACUGCCUUGUAGAUGGGCUGACACGAAUCUUUUUGACCUUCAUCGUCCAUUGCUUCGUGCAUAUGUAAAAAUGUCAUGAUUUGGUGCAUCCUUGGUAGAGAGCUUAGUUAGCAUCACUGAAAACGAUAUCUUCCACAGAUAUUUAAUGCCCACUUUUUUUGCAGAAAAAUUCAUGUAUAGAGCAGUAAACUAACCUGCUAAACUGGUUUUAUUUUUAUUUUUUUCAGAUUGUCGGUUCCGCACCAGGUUUUCCUCAUGGCGUUAUUGAUCCUAUUGAAGUAGGUGACGAACCUCUGGCUGAUACCUUUGUCAUAUAGUUUCAAAACCGAGGCACUGGUGUUUGUGGCUUCUUCUUUUCCCUUUUCUCUCUUGUAAUGUUUCGAGUCUCUCUGACGUCCUUGUUGUUCACAGGAACUUGGUGGAUUGGCUUAUAAGUAUGGCAUUUGCUUGCAUGUUGAUCUUUGCCUCGGAGGUUUUGUAUUGCCCUUUGCACGAAAGCUUGGGUAGGUUCAAGCAAAACAAUCCAUCAAUUUGCAAGCUUAAUUUAAAAUUAACACUGUUUUACAAGAAGCAAGUUAUAUAUUGAUUUAUUUGGAUGUAAGUCCCGCUAUUUAUACGAGAUAAUCCCUUGACAUUCUGCAUCCACUUGUUAGAAAGUCUCGUGCAAACUUCAUUUCAUUUAAGAACAAAGUAUUGGUCAUGCGAAGUAUUAUUUUGCUAAACUAUCACAUACAAGCGACCAUGUGUUAUUAUUGGCUGAACCUGGGUGUGUCAACUUACAUGGAUUUUUAUGUAUCAGGUUUGAAUUGAACCUGUUUUCUUAGGCGACUUAACACGCAAUGCCCUUUCUGUAUUAACCUUGCUGGCUUUUUGGUCGUCUAGGAACAGAAUAGUAACUAAAAGCAGGUGAGACGACCUUGGGAUGCCAUUGUUUUCUGUUUGAAAAUCCUAUCGAAAUUUAGGGUCUUAAUUCCAAUAAUUUUUUCCUCUUGUUUGUACUUGUAGAAUUUUUCUGGGGGAAUGGAAUGGAAACUUAGGUGCUUGUAUACUUUGGCGGCUGCCCUUAAGAAACAGCUGUAAACAUAUGGUUUUUGGAUAGCAUCUGCGAUUUCUAGGUUCCCUCAAUGUUUUCUUUUUUUCUAGAAUUUAUUCCUGCCUAUGGUCAACUGUAGGGAACGAUUCCACGGGCAUGAAAAAUUUAAACCAUCCAUGUUCUAGCUGUGCCUGAGUUUUUCAUUUCAAGCUGAAGCUGUCUCUUUCAUGGGACAUUGGUUAUUAACUUCUCUUUUCUAAGAUUAUGAAGCUUUGCACUUCGAGUGGACAAUUUAUUGCACUUGUUUCUAUCCUUUUUUGUUCAUGACGCCAACGAUAUGGCUAUUUCAACAGUCAUCUUGAAGACGUUGAUGCUUUCUGCUUUCAUGGUGCUGCGAUUUUUUUAUCUGACCGAGAAAUGCCGAGAUUUGUGUUAGUUUUAGAGGAGAAGUUAGAUUCCAUCCUUGUUCGAUUCUAGACUUUAACACAGGCGCUCAAAGAUCCUCAUUAUUGAUGGUACUGCAUCUCUGAAAUUGCUUUUGUCUUUGAGUUGCAUGGUCCUUGUUGGAUUUAAUUCCAUUCCACCAUCUCUUGGAAUUCUUUUUAUCAGUUCGUGCUUCUUUUGUGGCAUUUGAGAUUCCUUUCAUGGCAUCUUUUACUCAUGACCGUUCUGUUUGCAAGCAAUGAUGCUGCGUUCUUGGUAAACUACCGUGAUUGCAUCUAAUAUUGUGUUUGUUUCAUAAUGUUUCCAUCGUAGGUAUCCUCUUCCUCCAUUUGACUUUUCUGUCAGGGGAGUUACAUCGAUAUCCACUGAUGUUCACAAGUAUGGGCUGGCUCCAAAGGGGACUAGCGUAGUUCUGUACAGGAACCAUAAAAUUAGAAAGGUAUGCAUUUCUGGAGAACAAUGCUUUGAUUUGGUCAUGCAAGUAAUUUGUAAAAUUUUAUAAUCCAAAUUUUACUAUGAUUUAUAAAUCCCCCCAUCUCAUGGAAUAAUUUUGAAUUCAUUUUUUUCCGGUGUUUUUCUCUUUCAGAAUUGUAUUUAGAUGCUGUAGCUUGACUAGUAGCUCACUUUUGGGACUCAUAGCCAAGAAGUUGUUGAUGAAAACUGUUUACAUGGGACUAAUUCUUUGUCCUGUUUUUUCCAUAUGAUUGUGAUCUACGUAUGAUUUUCCUGAGAAAAGGUUCCAGCGUCGAUCCUGACCUAGUUACACAGAGUAGUAGCGCUGCUUAAUUUAUAUACGACUUCAUCGUCCACUAAAACAUGGUUUGUUCUUGCACCGGAGGAUCCUCCCCCCCUGAUAGUUUACAUGUGUAGACAACUCAAUCAUCUGAAAGUCAGACUGGUCAAGCACAUUCUGAGAAGUUUGGGUGGAAUCUUAGGUCAUGAAGAUGUUAAUCACUAGAACAAGCAAAAAGAUGUUCUAGUGAAUUCUCUCAAAUCCCUUUGCUUUUUCUGGAAAAUGAUCUCACUCUCCUAAACUGGAUCAGCCUUCUCCUUUAGUUACCCAUUUUAAUGGUGCCAUUUAUUGAACAGUGCAACAAAGUGGUGAAUUUCUUUUCGCUUUUGUUCUCUUUUAUUAUGAAUUGUGGAUUCAUUUGUAGAACUGGAGCUAUUUGUUUUAGUCAUCUCCUACUUUCCACCCAUCCACCUCUGCUGACAACGCUGGCUUCCUUUCUCUUGCAAUGCUCGCACCUCCUGCUUCGACAGCACCAAUUUGUGGCUGGUGAGUUGCUCAAGUCCCCACGAAUCUGUUCUGAAAUUCUGUAGUUUAUUCUUGCACUUGGGAUCUGGUGCUAAGAUUUUCCAAGCUAUGAUCUUCUGAUCGCUUCAUGCAUGGGAAGCGAUUCUUUCGGGUCAAAAUAAAAUCUGAAGAAGCUCCUUCUGAUGCAGUCACUGAGUGGUCUGGUGGACUCUACGUCUCCCCCACCAUCGCUGGAAGCAGACCAGGGGGGCUGAUUGCCGGCGCCUGGGCGGCAAUGAUGUCUCUGGGCCUGGAAGGUGACAGGAUCUCAUCACCCUUCUCUCUGAUUCUGGUUUCCGACGCUUCAUCUGAAACUCCUCGCGCUUCUCCAGGGUACUUGGAGAACACUAGGGCGAUCAUGGAGGCAACGAAGAAGAUACAGAGAGGGUAAUUUCAUCCCCGUCCACAAGAGACCGAAAUCUGGCUCCGAGUCGUCACUGUCAUGUAAAGCAUGUGUACAGGAUUGAAGAAAUCCCCGAGUUGUUCGUCAUCGGGCGGCCAGACAUGACCGUGGUGGCGUUCGGCUCCGACGACGUCAACAUAUUCGAGGUCAACGAUCAAAUGUCCCGCAGAGGCUGGCAUUUGAAUGCCCUGCAGAGGCCCAACGGGUGCGCCCUCUUCCCUUCCUCGAUGUUCUCCAUCUUCCGCCAUGUCAUUACCUUCACGACCAAUUCUCAACUUCUGCGUUGACCAGCCUGCACAUCUGCGUGACGCUCCAGCACGUCUCCGCCGUGGACGACUUUCUCAAGGAUCUGAAGGAAUCCGUGAGCACUGUGAGUCCACUUUCGGCGAAGAAUCGCCGUCUUGGAACAACCCCACAUUGGAAAAUUGAAGUACACGAAUCAAUGAAUUGCCCAGGAACCUGAAUCUCUUAAUCUUGCCGUGGCUUCCGCAGGUGAAGGAAAACCCGGGCCCCAUCACCGGCGGGCUCGCUCCGGUCUACGGCGCCGCCGGGAAGAUGCCCGACAGGGGCUUUGUGGGGGAGCUGCUGAUCGAAUAUAUGGACAAUUCCUGCUAG